UUCUUUAUCCAAAAUUUACCAACAAUGGUGGAUACUAAACCAUUGCUUCCAGCAUCCAACUCCGAUGGGUCUUAUCUAACAGGCUCUCGUGUAAAUAUCCUGAAACCCAUCAAAGUUUAUCUUACAAUCUUUUGUGGGUUGUUGGCGGUCGGCUUGUUCGCGGCAUUGUUGAUAGGAAACUAUUGGUCUGAUCAUGCUCGUAUACAUGGCUCAUUGGCUACGUCAACCUCUAAGAGAACUCAUCCUUUACGUCCUGUAUCACGUGGCCCGGCUCAAGGAGUUUCGGAGAAAACGAGCGGGAUUUGGGCCGGCGUAUCACGUGGCCCGACUCAAGGAGUAUCAGAGAAAACGAACAGGGUUAGGGCUGGCGUCCCCUGGAAUAUCUUGCCGGAACCAUGGAACAGUACCAUGUUGGAAUGGCAAAGAACCGCUUUUCAUUUUCAACCUGAAAAGAAUUGGAUGAAUGAUCCAAACGGUCCACUGUUCUAUAAUGGAUGGUAUCAUUUCUUCUACCAGUACAAUCCCAAUGGUGCUGUUUGGGGUGACAUUGUUUGGGGCCAUGCGGUGUCGAAAGACUUAAUUAAUUGGUUCCACCUCCCAUUGGCAAUGGUUGCUGACCAAUGGUACGACAAAAAUGGCGUCUGGACCGGUUCUGCCACCAUCCUUCCUGAUGGAAAAAUUGUGAUGCUAUACACAGGAUCCACCACGGAGGCUGUUCAGGUUCAAAACCUUGCUUUUCCUGCUAAUCACUCCGACCCUUUUCUCAUCGAUUGGGUCAAGUACCAUGGGAACCCGGUUCUAGUUCCACCCCCAGGCAUCUAUAAAAAGGAUUUCCGUGAUCCAACCACUGCCUGGUUGACCUCUGAAGGGAAAUGGCGCAUUACCAUAGGGUCCAAGAGAGAUAAAACCGGCAUAUCUUUGGUAUAUGAUACCAAGGACUUCAUAAACUAUGAGAUGUUAGAGGGGGAACUUCAUGCAGUGUCCGGCACUGGCAUGUGGGAGUGUGUGGAUUUCUUCCCUGUUUCUAAAACAGAAGAGAAGGGCUUGGACACAUCUAUCAAUGGACCCGAAGUUAAGCAUGUGGUGAAGGUAAGCCUGGAUGAUGACAGGCAUGAUUACUAUGCUCUUGGGACGUAUCAUGAGAAGAAUGGUUCAUGGAUUCCUGAUCUACCUGAAAUCGAUGUUGGCAUCGGAAUAAGGUAUGAUUAUGGAAUAUUUUAUGCUUCCAAGACUUUCUAUGAUCAGAACAAAAACAGAAGAGUUUUGUGGGGUUGGAUAGGGGAAGGUGAUAGUGAAGCCGCGGAUAUGGAGAAAGGAUGGGCAUCGCUUCAGAGCAUACCAAGGACGAUAUUGUUUGACAAUAAUACUGGUACUAAUUUGCUUCAAUGGCCAGUGGAAGAAAUAGAGAGCUUAAGGUUGAACAGCACCGAAUUUGAAAAGGUUGAAGUCAAGGCAGGAUCAGUUGUUCCUCUUGAUGUCGGUCCAGGCUCACAGUUGGAUAUCAUAGCCGAGUUUGAGAUGGAUAAAGAAGCUUUGAAGAAAGCAACCGGAUCCAAUAUAACAUUCAGCUGCCAAACCGGCGGUGGAGCUGCCAAAAGUGGUGCACUGGGACCAUUUGGUAUUUUGGUGCUUGCAGAUGAGAGCCUCAGUGAGCAAACUCCGGUGUACUUCUACAUCGCCAAAGAUUCAGAUGGCGAUCUCAAGACCUUCUUCUGCACCGAUCUGUCUCGAUCAUCUAAAGCACCCGAUGUUGAUAAACAAAUUUUUGGGAGCUACGUUCCAGUACUCAAAGACGAAAACUUAUCCCUCAGAGUAUUGGUGGAUCAUUCGAUUGUGGAAAGCUUUGCACAAGGUGGAAGAACAGUGAUCACAUCUCGGAUUUAUCCAACAGAAGCAAUCAAUGGAGCAAGUAGAGUGUUUUUAUUCAACAAUGCUACUGAGACCUGUGUUAUUGCUUCCGUUAAGAUCUGGCAAAUGGACUCUGCUUUCAUUCGGCCUUAUUCAGAUGAUGAUGAUAAAGAUGAUGACGACCGGAAAUCCUCUGCGCCCUGUCUCCUUUUGUGCCCUAUCAAUUAUAUAGUGUCAUGUGUCACUUGUCUUUACUUCAUAUAUCUCGUUUCAAAACUUAGUUAGUGGGAGUCAGGGUUAGAUUUUCAUAGAUAUGGGUUCCUAGAUGACAAGAAGUUCUAAAGGACCAAAAAAGGAAAUGCCUUGAUCCGUACCCAAAUUAAUUAAAUUUUUUGCACUUCUUCUACCAAAUAAUAUGUCAUCCCAUCACCUUAAUGCAUUAGAUGUAGUUAGGGAAGAACGUGCAGACAUUCAUGGGGAAGAUCAUCUGCAUC